AUGAUGUCUGUCAGCCGCCGAAUCUCCGUUCUUUGCCAGCAUCAGGAGAUGCUUCCCGAGAAGUACUCGAUGUGUGGGCUUCUCUCAAUUUCGAAUGCUCUUCAAGUUCGGGAUUUCAUCACUCCUGCCAUGAUGAGGCCUGUAUUAGAGCGUCUUACUGCAACGGCCCCUAACAAGGACCAUGGCCAUGUACGCUACGGGGCCUACACAAUGGAUGCGUUGCAGAAAGGACUCCAGCGUCGUCAAAAACAGCUGAUUUACCUGAACACAAAGGCCGGCUUCAAGAGCAGACCCAAGCGUCCUGAGGCCAUUAUUCGGAGCCGCCGACCUGCCCUACUGGUUAUCGGACGGCGGCUUGGCCAAAGCUCAGGGACGUGGCAUUGUAUUGCCCGUGUUUGGGUGGGCAACAACUUCUGUUGUGGAUAA